AUGUCGUACGCUCCACCUUACGGCGACCCUUACGCUCGCCCUCCCCCAGAUCGCCCACCAUACGACCCAUACGGGCGCCCACCUGCUGACCCUUAUGCGCGCCCUCCUCAAGAUGGAUAUGACCGUCCCCCCUACGACGGCGGUCGCCCAGCAUAUGAUCGUGGCCCAUACAGUGCACCUCCGCCUCUAGCCCGUCCCCCUCCUGGCCCCCCCACCUCCUCUGCCCCAGGGCUGGAACAGGCCACUGGUCGCUCCCAGUGGGAGGCGCCUUACCAGCAGCCUGGCUACUCUGGAUACAAUGAUGGCUCUCGCAGCGUUCCUCCCCCCGAGCCGCAGGGUGGCUACUAUGCGCCUCCCCCGGGCCCUCCGCCUGUACCUUACGAUAAUCGUGGCCCUAGCCAGGACUACUACCAGCAGCCCGAGCCUGAGAAGAAGAGCAGCAACGCUGGGAAGUAUCUUGCAGCUGGUGCCGCUGGUUUGGCUGUCGGCGGUCUUGGUGGUGCUUUGAUUGCUCAUGAGCUCGGCGAGGAUUCCGACAAGUCAGAUCUCGAAGAGGCUUAUGAACAGGGCCGUCGCGAUGAAGAAGAGGCUCAGUCUGAUCACAGUGACGGCGGUUGGUGA